CGCGUCGCUGUUUGCGAGGCAGCGAGUUGCGUGCGAAGAACUCGACAUGUCAUUCAGACGAAUCCGCCACCUGAAACGCGAGGAAGUCAAGGCGACUCAAUCGAGUAUAAAGAAUCAGCCAACAUCUGCCUGCGAGCAGAGCGACGCUGAUGAAAACAUCAGCGCGGAGCUCCUGCAGGAACCCCGGCCGCUCGGAUCGGAUCUAUCGCUGCCCGGAGCCGGUGCACCUCUGCCAGGCGCAUCUCUGGCGCAUUUUAAACUGGAUGUGAUUCUGGAGCCAAAUCGAUUCUGGAUUUAAUCCAAGAGUGUUCUGGCGCACCUGCUACCUCCACGGAGCGCAAGAUCAUGAUCCCACCAGGAGACUGCAUGUAUGCGGGCAGGAAGAGGAGGAAGCCCGUCCAGAAACAGAAGCCGUCGUCUGCCAGUGAGAAAAGCAACCCGUCCAAGCGGCACAGGGACAGGCUCAAUGCUGAGCUGGACCGGCUGGCCAGCCUGCUGCCGUUCCCCCCAGAUGUCAUCUCCAAACUGGACAAGCUGUCCGUGCUGCGCCUGGCCGUCUCCUACCUCCGCGUCAAAAGCUUCUUCCAAGCGAGUCAAGACAAGCCCUCCAGGAAACACAUCACCAGCACAGCAUCCUCUAACCCUGAACCCAGGAAAGAUAGCCUUCCUCUGGGCACCAGCAUCAAUGAGAGCAGCCUCCUGCUGGAAUCUUUAACAGGCUUUGCUUUGGUGGUGAGCAGUGAUGGGAUGGUUUUUUAUGCUUCCUCCACCAUCGUGGACUAUCUUGGAUUCCAUCAGACUGACGUGAUGCACCAAAACGUCUUUGACUACAUCCACAUAGACGACCGUCAGGAGUUCAGACGCCAGCUCCACUGGGCCAUGUGCCCCCCACAGGGCACCUCUGGGCAGCAGGAUAACCAAUUAGCUUCAGGAUCAAGUGAAGACUUUGUUGUGAGCAGCAUGUUUAACUCUCCAGAGGCAGGGGAAAUUUCUCCAGAGCUCUCCUGCUUUCUUAACAGAUGUUUCAUGGCCAGAGUUCGAUGUCUCUUGGACAGCACCUCAGGAUUUUUGACCAUGCAGUUUCAGGGUCGGUUAAAGUUCCUCCAUGGGCAGAAGAAGAAAUCACCCUCCGGGACACUGAUGCCUGCUCAGCUGGGUCUGUUCUGCAUAGCCGUCCCCCUCCUGCUGCCCUCCAUCACGGAGAUGAAAGUGAAAAAUAUUUUAAUGCGGGGAAAGAACAAAAGCGGGGGGAUUAUCUCUCCAACUGAGCAUGGUGAGCAUGGGGAUCACCUAAGGAGGCACUCCAUCAGUGGAGGAGUGGGUGACAUGACCGACCCUCUCCUCUUUUCUUGUCCCCACCCGGGUUCUACACAACGAAGUCAUCAUGGCUCCUGGAACCCUCUUUGCAAAGACAACCUUAAGUUCAGCCCUGAUGGCUUCUACAACCAAGAGGAGCCUCUCAAUUUCUGCAAGUCCUCUAUGACUGUCCAUAAAGGUGUCGGGUCGGGCUUAGGUGGAGGCUGGCACAGGCGACAGCACUUGGGGGCCGUCAGAGCUGCUCAGGGAGUGGGCUACAUCCCCUCGAACCGUUUAAACAGGACUGGCCAGUACGGUAAGCCCUACUGCCUUUCUCCGAGUUGCCACAGUGGCAGGGGUGCAGAUGUGUUUGUCUCGAAGCUGUACGGAUCAUCGGACCCCGAUGCUUACUGCGUAGACCUGGUGAAGAGCGAGAACGACUUCGGGGAAUGCUAUGAAGGCCACAUGAUGCCAGAAAUGCCACCUAUUAAAAUAGAGCAUGACUCAGACUCUGAGAACGGAUGCGAAGCAUACGGGCAAACGUGGGGCUGUCGCAACCAAAUGGCCAUGGACCGCCGCUACGGAAACGGGGUGUACGACUCCAACGCUGGUUUGCAGCUUAAAUCAGAAACUGAUUACUACGACCCACAGUACUCCCCUUGUCAGCGAGGAAAAGCAGGAAUCAGCCCCACAUACAAUAAUGGCAACUACCCCAACUAUGCAGUCAACAACGGCACCCGUCUGUUAAAAUGUGACAAAGACUUGGUCGGGAACAGUGAUUCCAACCAGUUCAGCCCCCAGAGACUCUCCCACUCAGACUCUCUAUGCAGCAACCAAUCGGUCAACCUCAUGAAUUCAAACCUCUACCCUCAAAAGGCCUACAUGCACGCGGACUAUAACAAGCAUGGCGAUUAUGAGUUCAAAGGUCACGGCCUGAUCCAUUCAAUCAAACGGGAGCCCAUGGACUCCCCCCCUUGGUCUGAGAACGGCCAUGAAAUGAACCAGUCCAUGAUGGGCGGCUCCAGGAACGUUAUGCCAUGUGUGAUGAGCACAGGCCACCAUAAGUCCAGUCCCUACAUCUACAUGCAGUGAGAGUGCAUUAGCAACACGUGAACACAUCGGCAGAUACCCGUCUGCCCAACCCCCCUUCUUCACACGCACAAUUACGCAAAACCACAAACAGAUCAGUGUGUAUGAAAUUCUUUUCCUCUGAUGUUUCACUAGUACCAGCAUUACAGACAACGGUUACCGUGACUGCCAGGACGUCACAUAUUGUUUCUAUUUUUUAUGAAAAGGUCUCAGGUUCAGGCAUCAGUGUUGUGACAAUCAGAAAUUUGACUUUCCAACCAGAAGAUGUUACUUUUUAAAAGGUACAGAUUUUGGAUUUUAAGCACUUUUGGAUUUAGAGACAUGGAGAAAAAUAAUAGUUGUUUAGAUGAUGUGUAGAAUCACAUCUUUCUUUAGUUUUGUAUUGUUGUUGCACCAAGCUUUUGCAGGGGAAAUUUUAUUUUUCUAAACUUUGUACACAGGAGAAAGCUCACAUCUACUGACAAAUUAAUUCACCAUCAGGAUUAGGAGAAUGCACUUCAAAGGCACUGAAAAAAUUGAAUUUUGAAUAUUUUUUGUGAUGUUUCCCAAAAAGUAAAUGUAGAUGCAGUUUGAAAUAUAGUUAAAAAUGUAGGGUUUUCAUGAAAAAAAUAAAAUAAAAUGAGAUUUCUUUAAAAAUAUAUAUUUUUUAAGUAUUUUCUUUUAUUCACCCUUUCAACAGUUUGUCCCUUCAUGCUUUCAUUUUCUACCCAUGUGAUCAAUUAUUACCGUUUAUUCUCCUUUGUAGUUAAGUAUGUGUACAGUUGCAAGAUUAAAAAAUCAAAACAGCCUCGAUAAGCAUUACUUAAAUUAAUUGUACAUUAUUAAGAUUUCACCCUGUUGUAGUUUUGAUCAUCAUUUGAGCCAAUAGGAUCCUGUGAAAUAAGGAAAGUUAGUUCACCUGACAAAAAUCUGCUUGGGAAAUAGUUUAAAGAUUAUAAAAAAAAAAAGACUUAAAAGGUUUUUCCUGGAUUACUUUUUCAUGUUCAGAAAGGGGACUUUUUGGGGCACGAUGGGAAGGGAUGUGGGAUUUGGCCCCUUUGUUAGAAUUCAAGUUUAUAAUGACCAAAGCUAUAAAGGCAUUAAAUGACAAUAGAAGUAAAAUGAUCGGCGCCUCCCUCCUGGAACAGCUUUGCUCCGCAGUUAAACAGCCAAACUGGCCGGAAAACAACUGGACUCAGCAUUUAAAACAUCAGCUUUAAGGGUCAGACACAUUAUUAAAACAGAGGAAACAAUAAACUUUCAAGAUGGCGGCUGCCUCCAUCAUUUUAAAUCCAUUGAAAAAACUAAAGCCUCAUCUUUUAAAAAAUAAAACAAGGUCUAUUUAGUCUCAGAUAAGCAUGACAUUCCAAAAAAAGAAAAUUAAAAACAUGAACUGGAUGACUCAUAAUCUUCACCAGCAUAAUCAUGACAUGUUUUCCUACAUUUGUCAAAUUCUUAAUAGGGUUUAAGUCAUUUUUCAUACAGUUCGGAGCUUUAUUAAAAUGUUUUUUUUUUCAUACUGUCUUCAGUGAUUUAUUGUGCCUUUAAAUAGUAUUCACACCCCUUGCACUUUUUAAGAUUUUGUCAUACCACAAACAUUAAAAUGUUCUUUUAGGAUUUUAAUAGUUUCGCAACUCUGGAAGAGCAACAGAGCUUCCCCCUUAGAUGUGAGAAAUCUACAAAGAUGUCGCCUUUAUGGAAGAGUACUGGGAAAUAACCAAGGGUUGCAUGUAGGAGGUCCUGCUUGCAGGGAAUAAGUAAAAGAAAGUGGGAUGAAAUGAAAAGAAUGUGUGCAGACAUGCUGCAUAUCACCUUCUACAUCUCUAUCUCUGCAGUUUUUCAAAAUAACCUGAAUCAGCUUUGACAGGUUUUUGCACUUUUAGUAUCGAUCUGGGUGCUCAGAAAGUGAAUUGUUCAUCAGUUUGGCAGCACCUCCUGGAUGUUUUUACUCUGGAAGGAAAAGGAACCACAUAAGGAACCAGAUAGAGCAAUGCUGGAAGGAUAUUUCAAAGGCUGCAAAAGUGCUGUGAGUGAGGUGGCAGUUCAUUUCCUGAAAGGGCAAGUCUGAGCAUUUAGUCAGAGCUACAGCAGAUUGGUUUAGAUAAAACCAUUUUCUUGUGCUAAAAGGGCCUAGUCAAAGCCCAGACCUAAAGACAAGAAUACGUGGUAAGACUUGAAAGUUAACAUAUAGGUACUUUUCAAGACUUAAUCCUAUGAAGAGUCCUUCAAAGAAUCAUCUAACAACUAUUUCGUAAGCUAUUUAUCAAGUUAUUUUAACCUCAUAAUGAUGUAGUAAUUUGUGCUGCUUUAUCCUUAAGAAUAAUUCUAAAAAAGAGAGAAAUUUCUAGUUGCAACGUGACAAAAUAUUAAAAUGUUCACGGGGGUAGCAAUAGUUGCAGGACACUUUUUGAGCAGGGGCUGCUUGUUGCUACGUGCAACAAAACUCAGUCACUACCGUUGCAGGGACUUGAAAAUGUUUUAUCAAUAGUUGUGAAACCGAACAGGUUGGUUUGGCUUGUCUCACACUUCAAAAUGAUAUAUAACCUUAGAUCAUGCAAAUUCCCAUCAUCUUAGCCUAGAAUUAAUAAUAAUACUUAAAUAUUUUCAUAUGAAUAAAUUCCCUUGGUUCCACUUAAAAUAGCAAACUCCAGACAUUUUCUGUUGGAUCACACUUUUCUUUAGAAAAUACAUCCUAGUGCUAAAGCAUUAUGUUAUGCUGUUAUAUAUAUAGUUCUAGAGGCUAUUUUUAGUCUUUUACCAUCUGUAUUAGUGGGACACAGGUUAGCCAGUGAGCAGUUAAUCACCAAAUAAUGUUAAACUCCUAUUAGAGCCAGAGAAAUGAGUGAAUAAGAUAAAGAAAAAUCUUCUGUCAUACCUCUUUGUGUGUUUAUUAGCAAGGCAGCGCUGCUCAGCAGCUCUGAGGUCAUUGCAGAAGAGAUGAAGGAAGUAUAAUAAGUCUGUUCAUGCUUAAUAUAAACCCAUUAGGAAACAUCUCUGCACCAGUCUGACAAAAGCAGUAAUGGGGUGAAGAUUUGAUUACACAAAACAAAAGUGACAGAUUUCAAAUAUUCAUGUCAAGAAGAUGAACUUUAUUGCUUCAUUUAGCAAGGAAAAUAGAUGUGUAACCCAAACGAUUACUUUUCUUUUUUAUUUAACAUCUCUGCAGAGCUGAUGCUUUUUUUUUGGAGGGGAGGAGGGGUCAAUGUUCACUUUUGAUAUUGUCCUUUCAGUGCAAAUGCAUCUGACCUUUGUGUUCACAUCAGUUUUUUUUAUUGUUGUUGUUGUUGCACAAAAUCAUUCAAGACUAAUCCAAUCUGAGUCUCAGUUCUGUCAGGCUACUGCUGUAGCUUCUGAAUUGCACUACUGGGAAUAGUUCAGUUGAAGUUCAGCCUACCCUGCCACGUGCUUGAUUCGUCACGCACAACAGUUCACACUGUCGCCGUGGUGGAUUUGUCUUCCUUUCCCUUUUUUUUUUUUUCUCGUGUGUGCUCAUGUCUGUAAAUGUUUGAUGAUUUGUAUUUAUUUGUAAAUGGUAAGUGUAUAAUUUAAAAAAAAGUAUACAUUUGAAGGCUUUCCUUGUUUUACUAACACAAACAAAUGAUGGCGUUUUUUUUUUUCAUGGAAUUUUUUUUUGAUAAUUAAAAAAGAAAGGCAGUUGUGCUUAUCUCCUGGAGAAGGUAGCUGCAAGGUAGCGAACAUGAUGUAUAUAUGCAGUGUCUUCCGAUGUUUUUAUGCAUUUUUUCUUUUUUUUGCAAAUGGGACAUAAAUAUUAAAGACUUUUCUUUAUAUAAAAA